CUCAAUUGCGACGACAAAACAAAAACACUACGCGAGACAAGAGAGAGAGACACGGGCAUACCUCGCAAAACAUCAUCUUUACACUCCCCCACCCUACACCGGCGAUUAUCUCCGCCGGGCCGACGGUUGGCCAUCUUGCUGCUCCAACGCCCCACCCCUCGGCGCGCCCAUCCAUCAUCGCCUCACUCAUCGUCGUCAGAUCGCCAUUCAACAAACCUCCCUCGAGCUUAGCAACCUAACGGCACUGGGCAUCGUACACCCCCUUCCAAUACCACGCUAGCCCAGUCAUCCCGUCGACUCGGACUCAACCCGACUCAACUCCCUCAGGCCCGUUCCCCGGCCCGCUGUCACCCCCCUCGGUCCCCUCGCUCCGAACCAGACCCACUUCGGCGACUCGCGUCGUCAUAUGUUGAUCGCGGUAGCGCUCCCAGGCGCAUAAAGCAUAAACCCACACACCAGGACAUCGCCUUUGGCGGUUCCUCUUUGCCCUCGCCGCUCGCGAUCACUAACCAUGCCUUCACCCCCCGAACAAGGUCCCGAGAAGAGGAAGAGGCGUCAAAAUGUCGCCUGCGACUCCUGUCGUCUUCGUCGUGUAAAAUGUGACAUGCUGUCCCUCCUGACCCCGCCCGAUGCCGACCCAUCAAAGGCUGUGCCCCCGCUGCACGUGCUCGUGCGCGACCACCCCGAGGUGUCCUGCUCAAACUGCAUCUCCAAGGGCAUCAAGUGCACCACCAACCAGAUUGUCAACCCGGCAAAGCCCAACAAGGGUGGCAAGCGCAUCGAGGAGGCAAAGAAGAUGUACGGAAGCGGGCUCGAGGCUUCUUCAGCCAGCGCCAGUGGUUCCGCCGAGGGCACCCCCCACUUUGCCUCCCAGGUUGGCGGCGGAAUCCCGCACAGCGACCGCUCGAGCAUCGACAGAGGUGACAGCGGUCUCGGCAUUGGCAGCAGUAGCAGCGGAUCAGCCCAGCAGGGCUCCUCGUCCAACGCUGCUGACAUUGGCGGUAUCAAUGGCACCGGCUUCUUUGGCGAGCAGUUCAGCUACGCCUCGCUUACGCCAAAUGUCGCCCCGCCCGCAAUGUACAUCAACCCCGAGUCCACAGGAGGCCAUUAUCUCGCUGCAAGCUGGGGUGCUGCUGGCUUCACCCCAACGACCUUCCCGUACGAGAAUACGUACCUGGACAGCAGCAGAAUAUCAGGCGUGAGCUCGCCACUCCCUACUACCGACAUGAGUCUCCAAGCCACUUGGGAGGCUCUGAUCAACCCCACUGCCGCGCCUGUCAUGUCGACGCCCGUACCAACGUCCCUUCCCCCUCCGCCUCGCACAUCGUCCAACGUCCUCCUAUCGGCUGAGAAUCUCGGCUCGUCGUCCUCGCUCAAUCUCUUUGAGACGGACCCCGCCAAGUUUCCCCAGAUUGCAAUGGACCGCGUGUUUGACCCCCGCUCCGACCGCUUCGUUAGCAGGAGCGCGGGCAGUGGCAGCCUGUCGGCCUCGGUCAGCCCGGCACCUCGCCUCUCGCCGCGGCCGGAGACAACGACUCUGCGGGCCAUGGCAGAAGCACAGACACGAGAGCACUCGAUCGAAGGGGAUGGGUCAGGCCCGCUGGUGCCUUCCAGCCGGCGCAAACGGCAGCAUUAUGACGAUGAGGACGACGUCGUGGAGAUCAUUCGCAUCAACGACCCCGUCGAACAAGAUCCUUGGCGGAUCUGGGCCCCUCCAGACGCCGUUGUGCGUUGGUCACAGGCCGAACAGCCCCGAGGCCUUCUACAUGGAAUGGCAGCGAGCUGGCGAGCGAUCCGAUCGCCUAACGCCCGCGCAAGAGGUCCUAUGCGUGGUGAUGGAAGCCUGGGCUGCUCGGUUUUCGGACCACCCAGUGAUUCUAGGCGUCGACCCAUCGAAAGCUCAUACGGUCCCCAAAGUGAUUCUUGGAACUGGUAGGAUGGUCCCAGGAUCCCAAGCACGCCAGCAUUGGGGCCGCGCCCGCCUCAAGGUCUGUCUCGCCCUGGCCGAGCGUGCCCGUAAACUCAUCGAUCACUACGGUAUUCUUCGAAAGCCCUCGGUCACGGGCGCCCAAGCCCUCACCCUCUAUUCCCAGCUCUGCCACAUGUCAGAUACCAAGGACAGCGCCCUGUCCAACGUUCUCGAGACCCAAAUGAUUCACUCCAUCAUCAUCGAGCAAAUGAAGCACCUCGAACUGAUGUGGGACUCGUCAGGGCAGAUCCCCGUCGAGCCCUCAGAGCUUCCCAUCAGUAUCGGGCAGCAGCGGAUGAAACAACGUCGUCUGUUCUGGACAAUGAUCGUUUCUGACGCCUUUUGGGCUGCCGGAUCCGGGUCUGAACCGAAAGUCCCCGACGAGGAGAUUGAGGCGUCAGCAGCGUGGCUGCUGCGCGUCGAGGACGGUCUCCCGCCAUCUACCUUCAAGGCGCUGUCGUUCUUCACGUCAACGUACCACCGCCUCGCUGUUAUUGCCCGCACUGUCGCACGCAAGCUCGCGGUGCCAGCCAAGCGACCUGGCCGCGUCGAUGUUGCUCAGUUCUGCAACACCUGCCGUGCCGUGUGGCGCGCGGCUACCAGAAAGACGUCUACCGGGACCUCAACACUCGAGUCGUGGAGCUUCUCGCAAGUUGUGCACACGAGCUGCUAGGUUUCUCGCCCAUUCACUAUCUCUCGGCGCUGAGGCAGAGCUGUCCUUUCAUCGUCCUGAUCAUGCAGCAACUAAUCCACGAUCAACUGGCGUUCCGAAAGACACUGUCGGAGGCAUAUCUCCAAUCGGAUGCUCGUCCUAGCCACACGCGGCCCGAGCUGGAACAAGUUGCGGAGCUCGAAGAGCUCAAUGUGCAGAGUAUCGACCUGGUGUUGUCCCUCACUCGAUCGCAAACCUAUAUGUUUGAGUCGAUCCAGGAAACUGGCCUUGUCCAAUCUGCCUCGGUCAUGAUCCGUGUUCUCCUCGCCAUUGCCCAGUUCCUCUCUGAGAUCCCUACAAACGAGCAAGGAUACCCCAGCAACACUCCUGGCGGCAGCGGGUGGACGUGGGAAACGAAACAGAAGGAAGUCGGCUACUGCACCGCGGCUCUUGCACAGCUUGGAUGGGCAUGGGCCGACGUCGGCGACGUUUUGGAGCAGGUCAUGCUCACCAUGGAGCGGCUCACUCCUUCGCCCGAGGUUCUCGCGGCUUACGCAGCGAAGACAAACCCCGAUGGCUUUGACCAUGUGGCUUUGCAGGUUCAGCGCGACAGGGAGCGUGAUGCGAAGGCCGUGUCCUCAGCCAUGACCUUCUGGCCUCCACUCUCUGUACCAGACAUCGUUGCCGACUGGAGCAGAACAACGUCCAAGUCGCUCUCGCCUCCAGACAACUUCGACACCAGGUAUACUUCUGCGCAGAAUGAUGCCGCGGCAGCAGCAUCAGUGAAAGAGCGGAUUGCGAAUGCCCUUUCGUCUGAGCAGGUGGCACACCUCUCUGACCCAACUCUGGCAACACACUCAGUGUCGGACCCUGCUACGAACCACUUCUACGCGCAGGGUCCAUACAUCCCUGUCAGCAAGUCUCUCCGUACCCCGAGCGCGGCCAGCGACACUACGUCACCAGGCCAGACCGGUGGGACCUCGGCCAAGGGUGACAACCGCCCUCUCAUCCUCACACCGGGGAUGAUGUGGGACCUCGACAUGCCACCAAUCGACGCCGCAGCGGAGGCUACUGGCCCUGGUUCGUCAAAUCGGCCCAGCAACCUCAACUCUGGCCCGCUGGGCGGCCACGCAGUGAACCCGAGCAUGAUCUCGACAUCCGGGGUUGGACUUUCGGCCGAGAUGGAGUCGUUCCUCGAGAACCUGGUCAAGGGGGGUGGGUUCGGGGCGAACUGA